AUGUUUGUGCUUCUUUUAGGUCAAUGUCAGGCUGAUACUGAUGAAGAGAAGGAAGAUUUCGAACUACAGAGAGCCAUUGAGGAAAUGAGACAACUUGAUGAAAUACUGUCUGCAGAGAUCUGCAAAGAAAAAGAAGUCAAGCGUCAAAGGAAAGAACUUCAAGCAAAACUCUGGCAAGAGCUCCUGCAGAGUAUGCCUGAAGGUCACUCUGAAUGUGCCCAUGAAGCUUUGAACACAAAGCUGUUUUUGGCUCUGGAAGCACCCACUGGGACAGAAGAGGGGGACGACUUUGUGCCUGUGUUUGGAACUCAGGUUCCCGACUGGGAGCCCAAUGAAGACAGCCAGUACUUGGAGCAAAGUGAAAAGAGGCCAAACAGUUUGACAGAAUCAUUUGAAGUAGGCCAUGGGGAGACUGGGGAAGAGCAAUUUGAAGGCAGCCACUGUGGAGCUUCCAAAGGAAAGAAAAAACAGAAGGACUUUGUCAAGAGAAACAUUGAGCUAGUAAGUGGUGAGGGGGACCAAGUGCUUCUGACCCAGGCGGAGAAAGAGCGUCUUGCCGAGCUCCUCCAAGACGUAGACGAAGGGGAAGAAGACAGUGCCAGAGGCGCAGACAGUGAGGAGGACAUGUGGGCUGUGUCAGUCCUGACAAGAAAGGGCUACACCCCAGAGCCCUCUGACCUGGAGCAGCUGAUCGACAUUGACUCCAAAAUCCGCCUACUCCUUCCUGUCGAGGAAUUCCUCUCAGUCCAAAGCUCAUACACAAACCUUAGCAUGUCCCAGGGCCACGGCUCAGAGGUUGGCUGGAAGUGCGAUGGGGACCCGCAGCCAGGAGAGAAGGUCCUGCAGGAUAUAAAGGAGAGGAGAGGGCAGGAGAGGCGCCUCCAAGAGAUCCAACAGCAGCUGGAGAUCCUGGGCCAGGGCCAAGAGAUGACUAAUGAGUCACCAGACCUUACUGAGGAGCAGUUGCUUAGUCUGCUGGAUGAGUGUGAGCUGACAGAGAGCUGGACCCACGAUCUUGAGACAAAUGAUACGACACCAUGACACCCUAACAAAAUCCCCCAAAGACUCUGAUGGGCCCAAUUCAUCUGAAGCCCGGCUAUCAAAAGACACAUCAUUUCUGGAAUGUUGCUAUUGCUAAAAUACUAAAUUACCACAAUAUUUCAUUAUCACAAAAGACUAUAAAUUCACAAACUGUGAGUGACAUUACACUGUAAAGCUUUUAUAUAUGUAGAUAUAACUAACCUGUCUUACAUACAGUAACACAAACUGAUUAUGAACAUAUUUUGCAAUGUCUCAGUAUUUGAAGAAAUUGUAGUUCUAACCUUUGGUUCAUGGGCUAACUGAGGAUGAGAGCUGUUAUUGUGAUCCCACUUGGUCUCCAUGUCUUCACUAUGCAGCUGGAUUGCAUCCCAUUGUUUUUAUUUGUGUUUAUAGCUCUGCAGGAGGAAACCAAGCAGCAGGGCCACCCUUUGUAUUAAGCAGAGUAUCAUAGAUGAGAACAGAAAAUUGCUGUCAUUAAAUCUAAUAACCGGGUACAGUGGCCGCAGAAUGUUCUACUGCACACAUAAACACUCAGCUGAUAGCAGUGGGUCUGUCUGGUGAAGUCUGAACCCUUAUAUUGAAUUAACUAAAGCCCUCUC